ACAAAUAGUUUUGAUUGCAACAAACCGCAGCUUGCUUCUGCAACUUCCCGUGUACUACUUUCUUUCUGUCAUCGUCGCUCGAAGCGGAAACAAGCUCCGAAAAGUACUCUGAGAAAUGUCUCAUCGUAAAUUCUCUGCGCCUCGCCAUGGCUCCAUGGCAUUCUACCCAAAAAAGCGGUCAUGCCGUCAUCGUGGUAAGGUCAAGGCUUUCCCCAAGGAUGACCCCAGCAAACCAGUACAUUUGACAUGCUUCAUUGGUUACAAAGCCGGUAUGACACAUAUUGUGCGAGAAGCUGACCGUCCUGGAUCCAAAAUUAAUAAGAAGGAAGUAGUUGAAGCUGUAACCGUUUUGGAAACUCCACCAAUGAUAGUAGUUGGUGCUGUAGGUUACAUCGAAACCCCAUACGGUCUCCGUGCCCUUGUAAAUGUGUGGGCUCAACAUUUAUCUGAGGAAUGCCGUCGUCGUUUCUACAAGAACUGGUACAAGUCAAAGAAGAAGGCUUUCACCAAGGCUAGUAAGAAAUGGGAAGUUGACUUAGGCAAGAAGAGCAUUGAAAAUGACUUCCGUAAGAUGCUCCGUUAUUGCAAGGUCAUCCGUGUCAUUGCCCACUCACAGAUUCGUUUGAUCAAGCAACGUCAAAAGAAGGCCCACAUAAUGGAAAUCCAAUUGAACGGUGGUUCCAUUGAAGACAAAGUUAAAUGGGUACGUGAGAACUUGGAAAAACCAGUGCAAGUCAGCAAUGUUUUCGGACAGGAUGAGAUGAUUGAUUGCGUUGGUGUUACCAAGGGUAAAGGAUUCAAGGGUGUUACUGCUCGUUGGCAUACCAAGAAAUUGCCACGUAAGACGCACAAGGGUCUGCGUAAAGUUGCUUGUAUUGGUGCUUGGCAUCCAUCUCGUGUGUCCUUCACCGUGGCACGUGCCGGUCAGAAGGGCUACCAUCACCGUACCGAGAUCAAUAAGAAGAUCUAUCGCAUCGGUGCUGGAAUUCACACCAAAGAUGGCAAGGUCAUUAAGAACAACGCCUCCACUGAGUACGAUUUGACCGACAAGAGCAUCACACCCAUGGGUGGUUUCCCUCAUUAUGGUGAAGUCACCAAUGAUUUCGUUAUGUUGAAGGGUUGUUGUAUUGGCUCCAAGAAGCGUGUGCUGACACUCCGUAAAUCUUUGUUAAAGCAUACCAAGCGCUCUGCUUUGGAACAAAUCAAGCUCAAGUUUAUCGAUACAUCUUCGAAAAUGGGUCAUGGUCGUUUCCAAACACCAGCCGACAAAUUGGCAUUCAUGGGACCACUCAAGAAGGAUCGCAUCAAGGAGGAGGCUGCUGCCGCGGCUGGUGCUGCUGCUACAUCGGCAUCUGCCUAAAUAAAUGUUUAAGGUUGUUAACUUUAAUAACCCUAAAUGUGUACCGUAUUGAUUAUGGUAUGAAAAUAAAUAAAAAAAAAAUUUAAAAAAA